UGAAAAUAUUGUUUUGCUGAAUUGUAUGGUUUUAGGGGCUUGUUAAUGAGAUAUAAAAGUAAAUAUUGAUAUUAUAGCAAACGUUGUUCAUAAUUCAUGUAUUUAAUCAGCAAAAAAUGAGUUCUGUAAAGAAAACUGGCGGCAAACGUCCGGCAAAGCAAAUAAGCCAUGUGUUAUGUUGUCGAGCGUGUCUCGCGACUGAAGAGAGGCUAGUCAACAUGCUUGAGCAUAAACUUGUUGGAGAGUUCUUCCGUGUUACAGGGAUUGUUGUAAGUGAGAAGGACAAGCUUCCGCUGCACUUGUGCAUUUGGUGCACUGCAUUCAUGCAGCGCUGCGCUGCGUUCAGAGCCAAGUGUCUUCGGGCCAACGAGUUGCUACUACCUUUGAAGGGAGAAUUGACUAUAGACUCCGUUCGUGCCAUGGACCGCUUAGCCAACCGACUGAUUGACCUGACUCGAACUAACAUCGAGAUUGACAGCAUAGACGGACUAGCCACGCCGCUUGCUAUAGAGCAACCUAUAGCAACUGAUAAAUUAAAAAAAGCAUUGUUUAUGGAAAUACAGACUUACAACGAAAACGAGAUAAAGAUCAAUGUUGUAAAAAAUGAUACAGAUAAUAUAAUAAAUGAAACUGAUGACGUAUUUGAUGUAGAAUACCUUGAUACGUUUGAAGAUGAUAUUUAUGAAAAUAUAGCAUCAACAAAUGAAGCCAACAGUGAUGUUAAUAAUGCAGAAAAAGUUACCAUUGAUAAGAUUGAGACAAGGAACAGAAAUGUAAAUACAUCUGUGCAAAUCAAAAGGAAGAGAUAUAAUAAUUAUACAGACAAUGAAUUUGAUAAUGCAGAUCGAAGAAGAAAGAAGUUGAGGUCCGCAGACGACGGUUUUUUGCCAACAGUGGAUUUGGAAGAAUUUAAGAUGACCUGUAACGUGGACGUUGAAAUAUUAACGCAUGAGGAGCAGAUGGCCGAGAUACAGGCUCGCCGAGACACCGAGGAGUACAAAAGCUCACGGCACCCGUGCGAGCCCUGCGGGAGGUACUUCAGGUCCUACGACACCUACAGGCACCACAAACUCAAACAUGACAGGAAAGGACAACAUAAGUGUCCGGUGUGCACGAUUCGUUUUGGCAGGAAAGGCAAACUGUGGUUGCACUACGACACGCACCGUAUCAAGUAUGUGUGCAGGGAGUGCGGGUUCGUUUCCCGGACGAGGGAUCAGGCGCGGCUGCACCACUUGUUCCACGCCGGCAAGAUAUACAGGUGCAAGUACUGCGGGAAAGAGUUCAGGAAGCAAUCCACGUACCUCGGCCACGUUCGCCUGCGCCACAAGACCCUGAACGUGGCGUGCGAAAUGUGUGGAGAGACCUUUAUCAACCAGAUGGGCCUCAGCAUGCACAAGUCGUACGAGCACGGCGUGCUAAAGCUGAGAAAAAAGUAUCGCGAAUGCAAGACCUGCUCAGUGACGUUCAUAAGCGAAGACGCCUUGAAGAAGCACCAGGAAGCCGGGGUCCAUAAAGAUGACGGGGAUCAUGCUACGAUGAGUCCGUGCGUGCAGUGCGGGGACAACUUCGAUAGUGAGGACGCACUGAAGGAACAUGCGGACGCGGAGCACCCGAGCUGCGAAGUGUGCAACUCGACAUUCCUGAACGCGGAGUCAUACGACGUGCACAUAGCCCGCAAGCAUCUCGGUAAAGGCGACUCCAAAAACGCGAAGGAAAAGGCCGCGAAUCUUCGCGCGCUGGCCCUCGGCCAGGAGCCGCCCUACCGGUACCGGUACCGGUACCCGGCGAAGCCAAUACAGAAACACAACUAUAAUCAGUGCUGCGAGCACUGUGGCAAAUUGUUUGCGAACUCCUUCCAACUCCGCAAUCAUCUGAGGAGGCACACGGGAGAGCGGCCGUUCGCCUGCGACAAUUGCCCGAAGCGCUUCGACUUGAAAGCUAAAUUAGUGAUACACAUGAAAGUGCACUCCGGGGAGAAGCCCUACAAGUGCGAGCUGUGCAACCUCCACUUCACCUUGAAAAGCAACCUAAUGCGACAUGUCCGCAUCGUGCACAUGGGUAUCCGCAAGAAUUCUGAUUGUGACAUCUGCGGUCGCGUGUUCACAACACCGUACACCAUGAAGAUGCACGUCCGCACCGUCCACAACGGCGAGCCGUGGCCUAAACGCGCUCCGAGGAAGAAACCACAGCAAUAUACUAUAGAAGAGGCUACAGAAGAGACACAAACAAGUUCACAAGAUGAACAGACGGAAGAGAUUAUAGAAGAAAUAGUAACUGAGGAAAUAUAUUGACAUCUUUUUUACCUCGUCGCCAAUUUAUAUCAAAAGUAUCCCACUUCUGAAGUCUUUGAACCGAGU